AGUACUUUUUUAUUUUAUUCAAUUUAUUAUCGAUAUAUCUUCCCAUUUAUUCUCCGAAAAAAGAAAGAAAAAACCCCAACUCAAACUUAAUCAAAACCAAAUCCAAAAAACAAACUACUCCGUAAAAUAAAAGAAAUGAUUAGUGGGUCAAUGGCAAUUUCUGCAUCUAAUUGUUGUUCAUCAAGUUUGUUACUAGAAUCCAAUAAUAAUAAUUCAAAGAGAUUCAAUUCAAUCAUAAGUUGCAAUGCCAAAAAUCAUGAAUAUAAGGUACCAAAAUUGGAGCCUUUUAGCAGAAGCAAAUUCGAGAGAUCGGUUAAAGAUCCUCCUUUGAUUCAGAAAUCUGAGAAUCAGCUUGCUGAUUAUUGCUCAGUGAUUGAAGGUGAAGAUUCGUACGAUUGUUGGCAAGCUUAUUUCGAGCUCAAAGAUCUCGAGAAGGAAGCUUCAAAAGAAGAAGUGGAAAGGCUGAUAAUAGAAGUAGGUGGAAUGAAGUCUCUAAUAAGUUGUCUCCAUGGAGUUGCAGCCAUUCACAAAGCACACAAAGAGGGAUCUAAUAAGGCGAAAGAAGACACGAAGUCGGAGGUUGAAGACGAAAGAAAGAUUCAUGUACAUAUACCAGAUGGAUUGCCCAGAACUGCUGAGGAAAUUGAAGAAGAUGAGAAAUCAAUGAUGCCUGAUUCUUCUUUUACUAGGAUGUUAAGGCAUAGAGGCAAACACCCUGCUUGGUACUCCCCUGUUCCUGAUCAUGAAACUGAUUGAUAUUACUUCAGAUUUGAAAUCAAUUAGGGGAGUAAUUAGUAGUGUACUUAAAUAAAUUUCAGUUGUUGUUUUAUGGUUGAAGUUUUGUGAUUAGUGGUGUGUUUCUUUUGUAGAACUUUUGGUGUAUAUUGCUAAUCUUAAUUAGCAGUUGUUAAAAGCUUUCCUGUAUAUAUGUAAAAUUCUGAAUUAUACAUGAGAUUAUUGCUUUACAUCUGA